CGAGGAACAGUGCGCGCUGGUCAUUAAAGUUACAGGUACUCCGGUACGCAAUGAUAACCUUCUGGGUCUGGCUCCUCUUGGGGAUCAGUCGUUCUUGGGCUCAGCAGAAGAAGAGGAAUGUGCUUCUGAUCAUAGCUGACGACGCGGGGUUCGAGAGCGAGGUGUACAACAACACGGCCAUCAGGACGCCGAACCUCAACCGCCUGGCAAAACGCAGCGUCAUCUUCAGCAACGCCUUCUCGUCCGUCAGCAGCUGCUCCCCCAGCCGCUCUGCCAUUCUCACCGGGCUGCCGCAGCAUCAGAAUGGAAUGUACGGACUGCACCAAGGCGUUCACCACUUCAACUCCUUCGAUGGUGUCCGAAGUUUACCGUUGCUGCUCAGUCAGGCUGGGAUCAGAACCGGGAUAAUCGGGAAGAAGCACAUUGGGCCGGAGUCUGUCUACCCCUUUGACUACGCGCAAACAGAGGAGAAUCAUUCCAUCCUGCAGGUGGGCCGCAACAUCACCCGGAUCAAACAGCUGGUCAGGACCUUCCUGCGGGACACGGGCAGCAGGCCAUUCUUUCUGUACGUGGCCUUCCACGAUCCGCAUCGUUGUGGACAUUCCCACCCCCUGUAUGGGGUCUUCUGUGAGAAGUUUGGGAAUGGGGAGCCCGGGAUGGGCUGGAUCCCGGACUGGAAGCCGCAGUAUUACACUCCGGAGCAGGUGAAGGUGCCUCCCUUCCUGCCGGACACGCCAGCGUCCCGUGCUGACCUGGCUGCGCAGUAUACCACCAUUAGCCGUCUCGACCAAGGAAUUGGGUUGGUGCUGGACGAGCUCUCGGGGGCCGGCCACGCCAACGACACACUGGUGAUCUACAGCUCGGACAACGGGAUCCCCUUUCCCAACGGGAGGACCAACCUGUACCAGCCCGGAGUUGCCGAGCCCAUGUUGGUCCACUCUCCGGAGCACCCGGAGCGAUGGGGUCAGGUCAGCCGGUCCUUCGUCGGCCUGCUCGAUAUAACUCCGACCAUCCUGGACUGGUUCUCCAUCCCUUAUCCCGCCUACAGUAUCUUUGGGAAGAAGACGGUACAUCUAACCGGCAAGUCCAUUCUUCCGGCCCUGAGCUCGGAGCAGCCCUGGCAGACGGCCUACGCCAGUCAGAGUCACCAUGAGGUCACCAUGUAUUACCCCAUGAGGGCCCUUCAGCAGCUCCAGUUCCGCCUGGUCCACAACCUGCACUUCAAGAUGCCCUUCCCCAUCGACCAGGACUUCUACCUCUCUCCCACCUUCCAGGAUCUGCUGAACCGCACGCGCUCCGGCCUGCCGGUCCACUGGAAGAAAUCCCUGCGCCAGUACUACUACCGGGAGCAGUGGGAACUCUUUGACCUGCGGGCAGACCCGGUCGAGACCCACAACCUUGCCUCCGACCCCCGGUAUCAGGAGGUGCUGGAGGGUAUGAAGGGGCAGCUGAAGAAGUGGCAGUGGCUGACCGACGACCCCUGGGUGUGCGCUCCCGAGGGCGUGCUGGAAGACCAGGGCUCGUACAAGCUGGAUCCGCAGUGCAGGCCUCUGUACAACCAGCUGUGAGGCGGGACAGACUGAAGGCUUUGCACAAUGGCGCGGUUGUCCAUCUUAUUUGACCCUAGGAAUGAAAUGGUUAACAUAUGAGCAGCAUUUGAGGACUCUGGGUCUGUACUUGGUGGAGUUUAGAGGAAAGAGGGGAAGAUCGCAUUGAAACCUGUCGAAUACUGAAAGGCCUAGAUAGAACGGACGUGCAGAGGAUGUUUCCGGUAGUGGGAGAGUCUAGAACCUGAUGGCACAGCCUCAGAGUAGAAGGAUGUCCCUUUAGAACAGAGAUUUAGCCAGAGGAUGGUGAAUUUGUGGAAUUCACCACCACAGACGGCUUGGAGGCCAAGCUAUUGGAUUUGUUUAAAACAGGGUCCCAUGUUAAAUAAACAACCCCCCCCCCCCCCCCCCGUCUUAGUAACUCUGUUCUGUUGUUCAAAAUUCUCCCACCUCUGGAAGCAUCUCCACAUCUGCCCUAUCGGGUGCUCAUAAUGUUUCAAUAAUAUCCCUCCGUCAUUCUUCUAAACUCGGAGGAACAUCAAUCUAAUCUCUUUAGCUGCUUGCGACUGCGUGAGCAACUCGUGCCAGGAGUUGAGAGAAUCUCUUCUACCUCAAAGGCCACAGAAUACUUUCUUAAAUAAAGGGAACAAAACUGUACACAGUCCUCCAGCUAUAAACAUUUCCCUAUUUUGUAAACCGCAACCCUCUUCCAAUAAAGGCCACUCUUCUCUCCCGCCCUCCCCCCCCGGGUCAGUAGUCCAUGCAGGCAGGAGGCACAAGGGGCGGUGUCCCUGUCUCCUCCCAGAUUGGUGAGUCUUGGGGUCGGAGAUCGAGGUCCAGAGGUCAAAAUCCCAUGAUCAGCCAGACCUGGGGUCAAUAUCCAGAGGUCGACAAGGUCUGGAGGUUGGGAGUUUAAGGUCGAAGACCGAAGCUGGCGAGUGUUGGAGGCAUAGGCCCGAAUCUCAAAGCCCCCCCCCCCCGAGAUGCAGCUGUGGGCCAGGGACUCUCGGAGGCCCAGAGGCAGCCAGUCCUGUGGUUGGAGACCUGUCCGCGUGAGUGGAUGGGAGAGGUGCAUUAUUCAGCUGAACUUGGUUAGGAUGUUGUGCUGGCUGCAGAAUCUGUGGCAACACUUGCCAGCAUAUCCUUGUUAACACAAAUCACACCUUUCGCUGUGCGCUUCACUGUAAAUAAAUGAAUCUGAACCCAG